UGCUUUGCCCUAAGCAGAAGUGAUGGAACAGAGGUUAGCAAACAGUUGGCGAAUGCCAAUAAACGACAUCAAAUUCAUCGAAACGGCACUCCUUUCUGACCUCCGCGUCGACGGCCGCCGCCCCUUCGACCACCGCAAGCUCACCAUCAAAUUGGCCAAAGAAGACGGCUCCGCUGAGGUCCAUUUGGGCCACACCCACGUCAUGGCCUUCGUCACGGCCCAACUCCUCCGGCCCUACAGAGACAGGCCCAACGAGGGCUCCCUCUCCAUCUUCACCGAAUUCUCUCCCAUGGCCGACCCCUCCUUCGAGCCCGCCCGCCCCGCCGACGCCGCCGUCGAGCUCGGCCGCGUCAUUGACCGCGGCCUCCGCGAGAGCCGCGCCAUCGACACCGAGUCGCUCUGCGUCCUCUCCGGGAAGCUCGUCUGGUCCAUUCGCGUCGACAUUCACAUUCUCGACAACGCCGGAAACCUCGUCGACGCCGCCAACAUCGCCGCGUUGGCCUCGCUGUUGACUUUUCGGCGGCCGGAAUGCUCGCUGUCGGGAGACGACGGUCAGGAAGUGGUGGUGCAUCCUCCCGAACACCGCGACCCUAUUCCUUUGAUUAUUCAUCAUCUUCCUAUUGCCGUCACCUUCGGAUUCUUCAGCAAUGAAAAUCUUCUCGUGAUAGAUCCGACGCAUCAGGAAGAGCGCGUGAUGACGGGACGCAUGACUGCGACGGUUAAUUCAAACGGCGACGUUUGUGCGAUUCAGAAGGCUGGUGGUGAGGGCGUGUCUCAGAGCGUUAUCAUGCAUUGCUUGAAACUUGCUCAUACUAAAGCUACUGAUAUUACAACCAAGAUUAGGGAUGCUGUUGAAAUACAUAACAAUGAAAGGGCAUUGCGGAAGAUUAAGCGACAUUCUUCGUCUGUUGCUGUGGAUGUAUGUGGUGCUGUUAUUGGAUUAGGGGAGCAAAAUCAAUUAGAUGGUAGUCAUUUGGAAAAUUUGAAGCUGAAAGAAGAGGAAAAUUUUAUGGAAUGUGAAGCCACACCCUCAGGACAAGUGCAAAGUAAGGAUCAAGUGUCAAAAGAUUUCGUAGGUGGUCCCUCGAGUUGGGAUCCCUACUCAGAGUGUGUCAAUUCAGAUCUUCUAAAAGCUUCUCUAGCUUCACGUGGACCGUCAGUUCCUAGUAAACAAAAGGAUUCAAGACGUGAGACUAAGCCCAAGGAACCACCACAGGAAAUUAAGACAGAUUCUUCACCAAUUGACAAUGCUCUAACUGCUGGGCAGAAUAAUGAAGGUAAGACUCUGAAGGAUGCCGUCAAGCCCAAACACAAGAGAAAAAAGAAAGUAUCUUCCAAUAGCGAAAAUUAAAUGAGCUGUUUGUUGACUUAUUAUCACUGACCUUGGAAGCUUGUGUUUGUAUACCCGUUGCAACUGAGAAGUGUGAGUUUCAAUGUUCCCAUUUUGUGAGAAGCAACGAUUUUUUGUUUUGGGGGACCUUCCCCAUAUGGUAUUCCAAAUAGGAAAACAAACAUGCAGCAAGUUGUCUGAAGUCUGAACGUUCUUUCUGUUUUUUCUGUAAUGUGAUAGACAGGACAUUGUAAACAUUCGAUGGACAAUGGAGUCUCAAAUUUUUUUCUGUGGUAGAAACUCCUAAUACCGAGAUUCUAUUA